GCCAUGAGGCUGAGCCGGGCGGCCGUGCUGGCCCGGGCCAAGGCCGUCGCGCUCGAUGGGGUCCGGCGGCUGAACUGCUGGGGCAGCCGCCUCACCGAUAUAUCGAUAUGCCGGGAUCUGCCCAACGUUGAGGUGAUCACAUUCAGCCUGAAUGGCAUCUCAGACCUCGAGCCGCUGAACCAGUGCCAGAAUCUGAGCGAGCUCUACCUGAGGAAGAACAACAUAGCAAGCCUGAAUGAGCUCUUCUACCUCAAAAACCUGCCCCGGCUGAGGGUCCUGUGGCUGUCUGAAAACCCCUGCUGUGGCUCGGACCCCCACCGCUACAGGAUGACGGUGCUCCGCAACCUCCCCAGCCUGCAGAAGCUGGAUAAUCAAGCCGUGACAGAGGAAGAGCUGUCCCAGGCCAUGGUUGAUGGGGAGGAAAUCACGGCCCCACCAGCCAGGAGGAGCAUGGAGAACGGCUGCUCUGCAUCCACAGAGUCCAGUGCUGCCGAAUCCACAAUGGAGACUGAGAGCGAGCUGCUGAGCUUCGGUUUGGAGGAGACCAACAAAAUCCGAGAGCAGCUUGGUAUGAAGCCUGUUCCUAGGGAUAAAUUUUCCUCCUUCUCACCUCAAGAGACGGACUGUAGCCAAAAUACAAGAAACAACGUGCUGAGUGCCAUCCUGCUACUCACGAAGGAACUGGACGCAGAGGGUCUGGAGGUCGUCCAGGAGACAGUGGGGAGGAGACUGCAGGCCUUUCGGAAGAGGGAGCUGCAGGAGGAGUGAGGGUGUGUGCCGUGUCCUCCCUGGGGCAUUCGGUGAGGCGGGCAGCUCGGCCCCAGCCCAGCAGCACCACUCUGCCCAUACAUGCCUGGCUCAGCACGUUCCGCCGCACUUCCCCUGCGGAUGGGGCGAUGCUGGCUGAGUGAAAGUGCCCCUUUAGCUCUCCUGACAUUGCCCCUGGCUGCGUGCAUCACGUUGGCGGGAUCUGCCUCUCGGGAGCUUUCCUGCUGGCGUGGCAGGCUCUGCUGCUGUGUGCGUGUCCUGUCACUGGGGUCAUUCGAUGGGAGCCACAGCGGGAUCAACAAGAAAAAGCUAGCAGGGCUGCGGGCAGAGGUGCUGCUGUGCUCUGCAAAUGAAGGGGUUGGCAAAGCCUGACAGCAGCCAGAAGUCCCACUGCUCCAUGUUGGCCGAGCGCUUGGCCAGUUGUCAUUCUGGGUCUGCGCAGAGCAGGCUCUGAAGGCAGCUUCUCUCACAAAGUUUUGUUUGAAUCUUGGAAAGACGCUGCCUAAAGGAUUUUCAAGAACUCUCCGGUACAGAUGGUGAAGGUCAAUGUCAAAUUCUUAAUUUAUCUUGAACUCCUGGUUUCUUUUGGCCAUUUUAAUACAAGCAGCAUCUGACUUGGUGGUCAGGUAGCCCAAAGGAGACCUUGAUUCAGCCUGGGUGAAACAGCAAAUCCUGAAUGCUCAGCUGUAGUUUCGCCCCUGCAUGCCCUCGCAGGCAUUAGAGCAGCCUAAGGAAAUUUUAACCUUGGAGCAAAAUAUCCCUGUGCAUUUAGGGAGAAAAUGAGCCAAGCAUUACUGUUCAAAUGCACAGGAAUCAAGGGUGGUGCUUAACUGAAAAAGCUGAAUUCAGAAAAAUUUUACCAAGCUGUUAAAUACCAUUUGAAACGUUGUGUCAUAGCAAAUAAAAGCCAUUUUCGCUGUA